AUGACCCCUCCUCCUACAAAAUAUUCUAUUGAAUUACCCAAUACGAAAAAACCUGGGCAAACAGGAAUCUAUCGCGAUGCGUUUCAACCUGAUUUUUUGACAGCUAAUAUAAGUCCCGGAGGACUUAAUACUUUGUAUGAAAAUUUUCAAUAUGCGUUAAAAAUUUCCCGGGACAGGCGAUGCCUUGCGCAUCGUCCUUUCAAUAAGAAAACUGGUCAAUAUGAACCGUUUUUGUGGCAAACUUACAAACAAGUCGCGGAACGGGUUACUGAUUUUGGGUCGGGUUUAUUAUAUUUAAAUGAUUCGGCAAAUUCAUCAUACAGUUUAAUUUCUGUUGCACUUUAUGAUACAUUGGGACCAGAUACUGUUGAAUAUGUAAUUAAUCACGCUGAAAUUCAAAUUAUUGUCGCGGCAAUUAAUCGUAUACCUGGUUUAAUUCGUUUAGUUCCUAAAAUUCCUGGUAUCAAAGUAAUUAUAUCAAUGGAUGAAUUAGAUGAUGAUGCACCAGUUCCUAUUGCUUCAACUACCACAGGAAAAGUUUUAAAAUCGUGGGCACAAGAAAGGAAUAUUGUACUUUUAGAUUUUUUGGAAGUUGAAAAAUUAGGCCAACAACAUCCUUACAAACAUAAUCCACCUUCUCCUCGUGAUAUUGCAACUAUUUGUUAUACCUCCGGUACAACCGGAGUUCCUAAAGGUGCUAUUAUUACCCACGGAAAUUUUGCUGGAGAAAUAGGAGGCGUUAAACAAAGUGAUGAAGGAAGAUCACAAGAUGAUGUUAUUAUAUCUUAUUUACCGCUCGCACAUAUUUAUGGUCGAUCCGCAGAACUUGCAGUUAUUAGUUAUGGUGCUAGUAUUGGAUAUUUUCGAGGAGAUAUACUUACUCUUAUAGAUGACAUCGCUGAAUUAAAACCUACACUUUUCGCUUCAGUUCCAAGGUUACUUACUCGAAUUUUCGCUAAAAUUCAACAAGCCACUAUUAAAGCUCCAGGUAUUAAAGGAUCAUUAUCAAGAAAUGCGGUAUCAGCUAAACUUGAUCGAUUGGAAAAAGGACUAGGAUAUACUCAUCCACUUUGGGAUAGAAUUAUAUUUAAUAAGAUUAAACAAGUAUUAGGUGGUCGAGUAAGGUUAAUACAUACUGGUUCGGCACCUAUAUCUCCUGAAAUACUUCAAUACUUGAGAGUUUUUUUUUCUUGUGAAGUAUUAGAAGGUUAUGGUCAAACUGAAGGAAUUGCUUGUCAAACAUUAUCACAUGCUGGAGAAAAUAAAUCAGGUCACGUAGGUGGACCUAUUAGAAGUAAUGAAAUAAAAUUAGUAGAUGUACCCGAGAUGAAUUAUUUUUCAACUGAUAAACCUUUUCCUCGUGGAGAAUUAUGUUUUCGGGGACCUAACGCAUUCCUUGGUUAUUUUAAGGAUGAAGCUAAAACAAAAGAAACGAUUGAUGAAGAAGGAUGGGUUCAUACCGGCGAUAUUGCUAGUAUUGAUGAAAGAGAUAGUCUUCGAAGUUUUCUGGCGGCUAUCGUCGUGCCUGAUCCUGAAACUUUCGUUCCUUGGGCUAAUGAAUUGACUGGUCUAAAUGUUUCAUUAGGUGAUGAAAAAGGAUUAGAAUCUCUUGUGAAAAAUGAUCAAGUACGAAAAGCUUUCUUGGGAGAAAUGAACAAGAUCGGAAAAGAAUUUAAACUUAGAGGUUUCGAAUUUGUUAAAGUUAUUCAUCUUACACAUUGUCCAUUCUCCAUUGAGAAUAAUUUAUUGACGCCAACUUUAAAACUUAAACGUAACGAUUGUAGAAACCAUUUUAAGGAUAUUUUUGAAAAGUUAUAUGUUGAGUACGAAAGUGAAAAUGGGAAUAAUGAAAUUAAAGCUAAAUUAUAA